AAUGAGGGGUCGAGUCGGUCAGAUAGUGCUGCUUUUCUUCCUGUCAACAGUGACGGCUCAAACACCCGAUCCAUCUAUUACUGCUAUCUGGAAUGAACUGAAAACGCUGAGAGACAUGGUGUAUGCCCUGGGCACAGUAGUGGUAGAGCAGAGGGUAGAGCUGAGGAGCCUAGUGACCAGAAUGAGAGACACUGAGCUUCAGGCGGAAGAAGAGAGGGGCAAAGUCUUGCUCCUGACAAGUGACCUGAGGAACAUCUUGAAGGAGGUUGAAGCGCAGAAAACAGAGCUGGUGGUUGCUAAUAACAAGAUUGCUCAGAUGGAGAAGGAAAACACAGUGCUAUCAGCACAGCUGGAAGGUGUCGGAAAGAGAGUGGCAGCCAGCGAGGAAGACCUGGACAAUCAGGGCAGAGAGGUAGCCACUCUGAGAGGAGCGUUAAGCACCACUGAAACUCAAGUGCUACUGCAGAAGAUAAUUGUAGAGGACCUGGAGAAAGCAAAAACAGAGCAAGAAACCAGAUUAAAUGUGAUGGAGUCCAGAGUGACAGCCAAUGAAAAAGAAGCAGAAGAGCAGAAGAUGGAUGUAGUGACUCUAAAAGCGGACCUGAACAGCACCAUGGCUGAACUGCAGCUCCAAAACAAUGACAUAAAGCGACUGCAGAAAGAGACUGCAGGCAAGAUUGCUUUCUCUGUUGGCUUGAACAGUCAGGUGGGACCAUACAAUACAGAAAUCCAAGUGAAGUACAACAAAGUCUUUACCAACUUUGGCAAUGCUUAUAAUCCUACAUUAGGCAAGUUCAUCGCACCAGUCAGAGGAGUCUACUACUUCAGAUUCACAGCAUUUGACCACCACGAUGACAAACAUUUUGGACUUCAUUUUUACCGCAAUAACCAGAAAAUGAUGACAAACUGGGAACACAACAGGAAUGAAGGCCAUUUGUACCUGUCCAAUGCAUUAACUCUUCAAUUAAAUGAGGGAGAUUUGAUUUACAUGCAGCUUCCCUCCGGAUAUGUUCUUUAUGAUGAUAGAAAUAAUCACAACACUUUCAGUGGCUUUUUACUUUUCAGUUUGUAAGCGAUGGUCAUGCGGUGAUCACAUUGUGCCACUUGUUUAUGGCGAACCAAGACAUGAAUAUAUGAAUAAAUAAUAAAUGAUCAGCUUUUGA